UCCGCGGCCGGAGUAGAAAGAUGGCGUCGCUGACAGUCGGACCGUGGCUGUUCGGCCUCCUGGCGCCGUCGCUGCUGCUGCUCCUGCUCGGGCCCUGGCAGGCGGCGGGCCAUGGCGGCAAGUACUCGCGGGAGCAGAACGAGGCCGAGCGACCCCCGACGCGCGAGCCCGGGGCCGAAUUCCGCAUGGAGAAGCUGAACCAGCUGUGGCGUAAGGCCCAGCGGCUGCAGCUGUCUCCUGUGGAACUGUCCGAGCUCCACGCCGAUCUGAAGAUACAAGAAAGGGAUGAGUUCGCCUGGAAGAAACUGAAGGCCGAAGGCUUAGAUGAAGAUGGGGAGAAAGAAGCGAAACUGACACGCAACCUCAACGUCAUCCUGGCCAGGUACGGCCUGGACGGGCGGAAGGACGCCCGGGCACAGAGCAGCAACUUCCUUGACGCGGGCACCGAGCAGGACAGCCUGGAGGACCCCCGGCUGGAGAAGCUGUGGCACAAGGCCCAGACCUCGGGGAAGUUCUCCAGGGAAGAACUGGACAAGCUCUGGCGGGAGCUCCAGCACCACAGAGAGAAAGUGCGGGAGUACAACAUGCUGCUGCAGACCCUGAGCCGGACAGAGGAGAUCCGGGAGAACGCCAUCAGCCCCGUGGACAUGAGCCGCGCGCAGGAGGAGGCCGUGCUGCACGGCAAGCACGCGGAGCUGAAGGACCGGCUGCGAGGCAUUGACCAGGGCUACGACCGCCUGCGGAGGGUCAGCCACCAGGGCUACGGCGCGGAGGCCGAGUUCGAGGAGCCGCGUGUGGCGGACCUGUGGGACCUGGCCCGGUCGGCCAACUUCACGGAGGAGGAGCUGGAGGCCUUCCGGGAGGAGCUGAAGCACUUUGAAGUGAAGAUUGAGAAGCACAGCCACUACCAGAAGCAGCUGGAGAUCUCGCACCAGAAGCUGAAGCACGUGGAGCAGCAGGGCGACCAGGAGCACGUGAGCCGGAACCGGGAGCGCUACGCCCUGCUGGAGGAGAGGACCAAGGAGCUGGGCUACAAGGUGAAGAAGCACCUGCAGGACCUGUCCAGCCGCAUCUCGAGGGCGCGCCACAACGAGCUCUGACCGCCCGGCCCCGGAACACGGAGGGCCGUCUGCGUGAGCGGGACCGUGGGAAGUGUGGCAGGCGCUGCGUGCUGCCGCCGGCCUGCCCCCGGCAGAAUGGCUGCCCUCGCGGCUGGCGUGCCGCCCCGGCUGCCGGCUGACCAGCGUCCUCAGGCCGCAGCAGCACGGUCGGCGCCGAGGGCGGGAUCCCUGAGCAACAAUCACAGUGUUUAAUUUUGAUUCAUCAGCAACCCUGCGCCUCCCUCAGCCAUCUCUGCCUCGUCCCAACCCUGCGACUUGGCCUCAGAACCCACGGUGACCUCAGCCCCUGGCGUGGCUGGGGCCCUGGGACCCUGCCAGCCCGAGGGGCCCCUCUUCCCCUCCUCGCCCCUGACGGCCUCUGCGCUCAGGUCAGUGCCGCGGGCGUUUUCCUGCCCAGCCCUGUCCCGGGGAGCUAUGCCGACCAUCCCCGAGGGUGGGGGCCGGACCCCGUCUGGACCGAGUGGCCACACCGGAGCCCGCCAGGCGCCUGCCCGUUCAUCCAAGACAUGGCCAUGCGCUGGGUGGGGCUCGCGCUUCGUGGUGCCGUGGCCGGGGGCCGGGCUGCCCUGGGCUCCCGGGUCUGGUCGGGCUCCGGCUCCUUGGCGGUGCCCCAGCCCCUCUGUCACGCACACUCCGUGCUGUCCCUCAGCGGGGUUGGUGCCCUGGUCAGCAGUCGGGCGAGCACGUGGUGUGGGUCACGGCAGCUCCGUCAGCGGGGGCGCGGCCUCCUCGCGUCACGGCUCGUUCGAGGCCUUCGUGUUUCCACGGACGCGGUCGGAUCAGCUCCCAGAUUCCCACGGAAGAGCCCACUAGGUUCUGGGCUAUGAGCCCGCGGCCCCUGUGGGGAGCGGGCGGCACGGCCGCCCGGGGUCUUCCCCGCCAGGAGGUCAGCACACGGUCCCUCCGCUUGGCCCCCUCCCUGGGCCACAGUGCCCUGGCUUCAACACGCGGCCUUCGCGCGCAGCAGCCGUGCCCCUGGAGGUCCCGCCCUUUCUGCCGGCACGAAGGGCAGGCUUCCGGUUUGUCUCUGGGCGGCUCCCUGUGGGGCCCCCACGACCCGUCCCCUCGGGCUCCGUGUCCGUGGCCCCGCCUUGGCCGUGAGCACGGCAGGCUCUCCACCGAUGGCCACCCUGCGCCCCUGCCUGGCCAGGGCGGCCGUCCGCAGGCGGCAGUGGCAGAAACUGGCUUCUGAGGCCAGGUGGCGGCGGCCCACGUCCACCACAGGCGGCGUCACGUGACUUCUGCACGCGUGGCGGACUUCGUGCGUGGAGCUGUGCGGCCUGGAAUCCCCUUGUGCUGAGUCUUUGGAUUAAGAACUCAAUUUUAAAAAUAGAUAUGGGGCUGUUUGCA